AUGGAGAAAGGGAAACCAGGAAUACAAAUGAAUGAGAAUACUAGGCACAUACCCAAGCAAUCAGGAAUGCUUACUGGCAUGAAUUUUGAGAAUAGACCAGUUGAAUUUUCAGAAACUGAAUACCCACGAAUUGAGUACCAAAGAAGAGAGCAACAAUUUUGGGACCCUGUUCGACUCUCUCUGUUUACGUUGGCAAUUGUAGCAAUCAUAGGAAUCACAAUCGGCAUUGUCACUCAUUUCGUUGUUGAAGAUGAUAAGUCAUUCUAUUACCUCGCCUCUUUUCAAGUCACAAACAUCAGAUACAAAGAAAAUUAUGGGGUGAGGUCAUCAAGAGAGUUUAUAGAAAGAAGUCAUCAGAUUGAGAGAAUGAUGUCUAGGAUAUUCCGACGUUCUUCUGGAGUGGGUCGAUUCAUCAAGUCCCAUGUUAUCAAGAUAAGUCCAGAUGAACAGGGCGUGAACAUUCUUAUGGUGCUAAUGUUUCGAUACCCAUCUACUGAUAGUGCUGAACGAAUCAAGAAAAAAAUUGAAAGGACCUUAUACCAAGGUCUGAAGAUCAAACAGUUGCCUCUGACUAUAAAUAAACCAUCAUUUAGCCUCACACCUAUUGACAGCAAAAAGAUGAGAAAUCUCCUCAAUAGUCGAUGUGGGAUAAGGAUGUCAUCUUCAAACAUGCCAUUGCCAGCAUCCUCUACUACUGAGCGAAUUGUCCAAGGAAGGGAAACAGCUAUGGAAGGAGAAUGGCCAUGGCAGGCCAGCCUCCAGCUCAUAGGGGCUGGCCAUCAGUGUGGAGCCACCCUCAUUAGCAACACAUGGCUCCUGACAGCAGCUCACUGCUUCUGGAAAAACAGAGACCCAAGUAAAUGGAUUGCUACUUUUGGUACAACUAUAACACCACCUGCCGUGAAGCGAAGUGUUGGCAAGAUUAUCAUUCAUGAAGAUUACCACAGAGAAAGCAAUGAAAAUGACAUUGCUCUAGCCCAGCUCACUACCCGCGUAGAGUUUUCAAACGUGGUUCAAAGAGUCUGCCUCCCAGAUGCAUCUAUGAAACUGCCACCAAAAACAAGUGUGUUCGUCACAGGGUUCGGGUCUAUUGUAGAUGAUGGGCCUACACAAAAUAAACUCCGGCAAGCCAGGGUGGAAACCAUAGGCACUGAUGUGUGUAACAGAAAGGAAGUAUAUGACGGCCUGAUAACUCCAGGGAUGCUGUGUGCUGGAUUCAUGGAAGGAAAAGUAGAUGCAUGUAAGGGUGAUUCUGGUGGACCUCUGGUUUAUGACAAUCGGGACAUCUGGUACAUUGUGGGAAUAGUAAGUUGGGGACAAUCCUGUGCUCUUCCAAACAAGCCUGGAGUCUACACAAGAGUGACUAAGUACCGAGACUGGAUAACCUCCAAGACUGGCAUCUAG